AUGUCCUCUGGAGUAUCGCAAGACCCAUUUUACGUUGGGUUCGACCUCUCAACCCAGCAGCUGAAGGGGUUGGUAGUCAAUUCCGAUCUCAAGGUCGUCCACAUCUCCAAAUUUGACUUUGACGUCGACUCCCAUGGCUUCUCCAUCAAAAAGGGUGUGAUGACCAACGAAGCCGAACGUGAGGUCUACGCUCCCGUUGCUUUAUGGCUACAGGCUCUGGAUGGAGUGUUGGAGGGACUCCGCAAGCAGGGACUCGACUUCCAUCGUGUGAAGGGUAUUAGCGGCGCGGGUCAGCAGCAUGGAAGCGUAUAUUGGGGGGAGAACGCGGAGAUCCUACUCAAGUCCCUCGAUUCGACCAAGACGUUGGAAGAGCAGUUGGCUGGAGCGUUUUCUCAUCCAUAUAGCCCCAAUUGGCAGGAUUCGAGCACGCAGAAGGAGUGUGAUGAGUUCGAUGCCUUUUUGGGUGGCCAAGAGCAAUUGGCAGAUGCCACGGGAAGCAAGGCCCAUCAUAGAUUCACAGGGCCUCAAAUCCUCCGAUUCCAGCGAAAGUACCCUGACGUGUACAAGAAGACGUCGCGCAUUUCUCUGGUGUCCUCGUUCCUUGCCUCAUUGCUUCUGGGUCGCGUUGCGCCGCUCGAUAUCUCGGAUGUUUGUGGUAUGAACUUGUGGAAUAUUCAAAAGGGCGUUUACGAUGAGAACCUACUGCGGCUCUGUGCUGGGUCCUUUGGUGUGGACGACCUGAAGAGCAAGCUCGGCGAUGUACCUGAGGAUGGGGGAAUUCAUCUGGGCAAGAUUGAUCGGUACUUUGUGGAACGGUAUGGGUUCGCUCUCGACUGUACUGUCGUCCCAUCAACCGGCGAUAACCCGGCCACGAUCCUAGCUUUGCCGCUGAGACCCUCCGAUGCGAUGGUCUCUUUGGGGACCUCGACUACGUUCCUCAUGUCGACUCCCAGCUACAAACCGGACCCAGCAACGCAUUUUUUCAACCACCCAACGACCCCAGGACUCUAUAUGUUUAUGCUCUGCUAUAAGAAUGGCGGCCUGGCACGCGAGCAGAUCCGUGAUGCGAUCAAUGAGAAACUGGGUAAUGCCACAGCCGAUCCAUGGGCGAACUUUGACAAGAUCACUCUCCAGGCAGCUCAUAUGGGCCAGAAAUCAGGCUCUGAACCUAUGAAAAUGGGGCUAUUUUUCCCCCGACCCGAGAUUGUUCCAAACCUUCCCUCGGGGCAAUGGCGAUACAACUACAACCCUAGCGAUGGUAGCCUUUGCGAAUCCAGUAAGGAAUGGAAUAAUCCUCUGGAUGAAGCUCGUGCGAUUGUCGAAAGUCAAUUGCUCUCUCUUCGUCUUCGGUCCCGCGGUCUCACUCAAAGCCCCGCCGGCGGUAUGCCGGCUCAACCCCGGCGAGUCUACCUUGUUGGAGGCGGAUCGAAGAACAAAGCUAUCGCCAAGCUGGCAGGAGAGAUCUUGGGUGGUAGUGAUGGAGUCUACAAGCUGGAGAUUGGAGACAAUGCCUGUGCACUGGGUGCGGCAUACAAGGCGGUAUGGGCCAUUGAGAGAUCCCGAGGUCAGACAUUCGAAGACCUGGUUGGACAACGAUGGAGAGAGGAGGAUUUCAUUGAGAAGAUUGCUGAAGGCUACCAAAAAGGAGUCUUUGAACAGUAUGGGAAGGCCGUUGAAGGGUUUGAAAAGAUGGAGGCGCAGGUUUUGAAGCAGGAGGCAGAGCGCAAGUGGUGA